AUGCAAUGUAUAGCUAACGGCAUCUAUUUAUUUCGCUGCCAUGUCCACGUCUUCCUCGUCCUCCUCCUCUUCUUCGUCAUCGUCGCCGUCGUCCAUGUCAUCCAUGAGGCUUUCCUCGUCGAAGCUUUCGUCAUCGCUAUCGUACCAAAAGUCCUCGUCGACAGGCUCGUGCUCGGCCUCCUUUCCGUGGGCAUUACCCGAACCGUAGGCAUAGAGUUCACUUUCAGGCAUAAUGAAGUCGGCGGGAAUAUCCUGUUUGGAUCUUUCCACCUCCUGCAAGACCCGUUUUUUGUAUGCUUCCGGGUUUUUUCUCAACUCCACCGACGCAUCGAUGUUGGCGGGCAGCAGCACGUUGGGGUCUUCGAGAAGGGAGAUGAUGGAGAUCAACACCAGCUCCACCGUCUGGGCAGGUGUCCAUGUUUCCGAGUCAGGCUCGUCGGAAGUGGGGUCUCCGCCUUGAUGCAAGAUGGAGAUACACAACCGGCCAUCGCGAUAAACGUUGGGGUGGUAAAUGGCGGGGGUGAAGCGGAAUGUUGGGGGAGCAAACGGGAACUCAGAGGGAAAUCUCAUCUGGCCCUUGAAGUAGCCACCGUGGUACAUGGACUCCUUGUUCAACACCAUGAUGCCGAUGUUCCAAAGGAAGAUGUUGUCGUCGUCGAGUUCGAUGUGGAACGAAGGGAUGCCUUUCUUGGGGUCGGUGAGGUCUUUAAAUUGUCGCUGAAGGAUGGCAGCGGCAGAUUUGGAACUCAUGAUGGAAACUGUGAUAUUCUGUGUUUUGUUGCAACUGUUUCGAGGGGGUGUUAUUUUGCUAGUUUGACAACCGGUUUUGAUCUGUAA